AUGCUCUCAAAUUCGAGGUCCUUCUUCACAAGGAACACCUCGGUGCUCAGCACUUUCAAACAAAACAUUAUCCGUACGAAAACAGGAGUUUUUGGUGCCCCCAAGGUUGUUAUUUCACCACCUAAGAGCAUCUCUUCUUUCUUCUCACAUAGAUCUAUCAGAAGUUAUUCCACUGGCACUCUUACCACACCUUUACAAAGCCAGAUUCCAGUAGCCAAUGCUGUCACCAAUGCUACUAGGUCACCCAUUUCUCACAGAGCUGUAGGCUGGUGGCUUAUUGGUACAUCCGGAUUAGUUUUCGGGAUAGUAGUCUUGGGUGGGUUGACCAGGUUGACUGAGUCUGGUCUUUCGAUUACCGAGUGGAAACCUGUCACAGGAGCUAUUCCACCCUUGAACCAAAGUGAGUGGGAGGAAGAGUUUGAUAAAUAUAAGAACUCCCCAGAAUUUAAGCAGCUUAAUUCUCAUAUUACUCUUGAAGAAUUCAAGUUCAUCUUCUCCAUGGAAUGGGGCCACAGGUUGAUGGGUAGGACCAUUGGUGUCCUCUUUGUUCUUCCAGCUUUAUACUUCUGGCUGACUGGAAAACUUAGUAGACACGUCAAAUGGAAAGUCGUUGGCUUGACUGGAUUACUUGGCCUCCAAGGUGCUAUUGGUUGGUGGAUGGUCAAGUCUGGGUUGGAUGAAGAACAAUUGUUAGAAAGGAAAUCUAAACCUACUGUAUCGCAGUAUAGAUUGACCACCCAUUUGGGUGCAGCAUUUUUGAUGUAUUUAGGUGUACUUUGGACUGGUUUUGAGAUCUUGAAUGAAAACAAAUGGACAAAAGGCGCCAGGAGUCUGAACCCACAAGUAAUCAAAACUCUUUUCGACCAAUUGCAAAAUCCUGCUCUUAAAAGGAUAAGGUCCUUAAGUACUGGUUUACUUUGUUUGACUUUCAUAACUGCUAUGUCUGGUGGAAUGGUUGCCGGGUUAGAUGCUGGCUUGAUUUAUAAUACAUUCCCUCACAUGGGUGACGACUGGAUUCCUUCACAAAAUGAGUUGUUUUCAGACGUUUUCUCAAGAGUAUCUGAUCAGUCUGAUUUAUGGUGGAGAAAUCUUUUAGAAAACCCAACCACCGUUCAAUUGGUUCAUAGAAUUAUGGCUACUACUACCUUUUUCUCAGUGUUGGCCUUGCACAUGUAUACAGUGAAGCGUAAGGCGAUUAUUCCUAAACCAGCCCAAAAGAUGCUUCAUACAGUGAUGGGUGUAGUUUCUUUCCAAGUAGCAUUGGGUAUCACUACUUUGAUAUAUCUUGUCCCAGUGCCGUUAGCUGCUGCGCACCAAGCAGGAGCAUUGGCUUUGUUAACGACAGUUUUGGCCUUUUGUUCGAGGUUGAAGAAACCUAGACCCCAAACCAUUUCUUACAUAAACAAAUUGAUGAAGGAACAAUUAAAGAAAUAG